UACAACAAAGCCAUGGCCGAGUAUUCCAAGACCCCGUUCGAGUACAGGCACGAGCUCGGCCUCUAUUACCACUUCAUCCUGCCCAACCUCAUAGUGGGCACGCAGCCGCAGACCAGGGAGGACAUCGACAGGCUCAAGGACGUCGAGGGAGUGACGUGCAUGUUCGACACGCAGCAGGAUAAGGAUAAGGAUUACUGGAAAGUCGACGCGGGCGCCAUUCGCGAUCAGAUGAACAAGAGGGGUGUGCUGCACGUCAGGCAGCCGUUCGUCGACUUCAACGCCGAUUCCCUGCGCGUCGGCCUGCCCAAGGCCGUCGCACAGAUGGACAAGGUUCUCAGGGAGGGUCACGUCGUCUACUGCCACUGCACCGCGGGCAUGGGCCGCUCCCCCGGCGUCGCCAUCGGCUACCUCUACUGGUGCCUCAACUUCGAUUCCCUCGAUCAGGCGUACGACUUCCUCACCAGCAAACGGCCGUGCGGCCCGAAGAAGGAGAGCAUCCGUCUGGCGACGGUGGACAUGCUGCGG